ACUUCAAAAAACACAAAGUUACGUAGAAAUUCCAAUCUUUCAGCGUAGUAACCUUAAAAAUAAACACCUGCCCUGCCUGUUAUUCGAACUUUUGUUACCCCGACCUCAUUUCUCCAAUGAUCUCGUGUGAAAGUCACUACCUAGCCAGUCCUGGUUUUCUAAAAUUAGCGUUUCAUAUAAUAACAGCCGUGGCAACUCCAAUACAUGCAUUUGGAUUUUAUUGUAUUGUCUGUAAGACGCCAGUUCAUAUGAAGUCCGUCAAAUGGUUGUUAUUCAACUUACAUUGUUGGUGCAUUUUUCUUGAUAUUACUAUCAGUUUUCUGGGUAUUCCUUAUAUUUUGCUACCUGCUAUGGCAGGCUAUGGACUAGGUCCUGUUGAGUCUCCGGGCUUAUUUUUCUAUCUAGGAGUCACUUUUAUCACCGGCGUCACCACGGCAGUAUUUGUAACUUUUGAGAACAGAUUCCAUAUAUUAUUUGGUCAAAACUCCAAGUGGAGGCAUUUCCGAAAGUAUGCAAUCGUUUUCAGCUAUAUUAUUGUGCCUCUGUACUACUUGCCAAUUCAAUUUCUAAUUCCUGAGCAAGUAACGGGACGGGAACUUUCUUGGGCGAUGCUCAGUUGCAUCCCGGAGCUUCCUGAUGAUGGCCGGGAACUGUUCGUUUUUGCAACUGAACUUAUUGGUCCAGCAAUCACAAUGAUUGUUUCUGAAAGUGUUCCAAGUAUUCAGUGUGGAACAUUUUUGACUCUUAAUAUUUAUAAUUUGAUAUUUGCGAGACCCAGUGGCAUUUCAAAAAAGACAGUUCAAAUGCAACAUAGGCUGGUGGUCGCCUUGAUUAUACAGACAUCCUUUACACUAUUUCUUUUCGUGGUCCCUGUCAAUGUUCUCAUUGCAUUUGUAUACUUUGACUAUCAGAAUCAGUUUCAUAGCAAUUUGAUAUUUUUUGCUCUUGCAAUUCACGGUAUUGCUUCCACACUUAUUAUGGUGUUCGCCCAUAAACCAUAUCGAGACUUUGCCUUUUCUCCGUUCGAACGAUUUUUCAUAGAUCACACAACUGUAGAUGUGCUCCCCGUGUUUUCGACAUCAAGGACUCACUAACAAAUCACGAGUCUUCAAAAGUGGUUAAAACUUAUUCGGGAAAUCAUUAGUGGAAAAUUUUAAAGCGAAGAUUCCAGUUUGAAUAAAUGUUUUUCAAAA